AUGUUAAUAUGCGCUGCCGAACUGACCACAGCUUAUAAAGUCGUAAAGCACCACCAAUCGUUUAGCUCUUUAGAUUGUACGACAAAACUGAAUGCCGUAAUGUAUCCUGAUUCAAGUAUCGCAGCAAAACAAUCAACUGCAAGAACAAAAGCUACUGCUAUCAUUAAAUACAUUUUAGCUCCACACUCGAUCGCGCAAAUUAAAACAGAAGUCGAAAAAGUUCCUUUUUACGGCAUUUCAACCGAUUCUAGCAAUCACAAAGCCGAAAAGUUAUUUCCACUGCUGAUACAGUACUUUACGGAAAAAGAAGGACUGCAAAUUAAAUUACUAAAAAUAGACUCAUUGCCGAAUGAAACAUCUGAUACAAUCACUUCAUUUUGUAUAAAAUCGUUGCAGGAUCAGAACAUCCCCGUACAAAAUAUUGUUGCUUUCAGCGGGGAUAACACAAACACUAACUUUGGCGGAAGAGAUAGAAGUCGGUGGCUUUCACUACUUCCAGCAAUUGAACGCAUACUAAAGUUAUGGCUGCCAUUGAAAGAAUUUUUCGCUAAGGAAGCAAAAGCCCCAAAAGCUGUAGUCGAUUUUUUUGCUGAUCCCUUAUCAGAAGUUUACACACUUUUUGUGCACAGUCAAGCAUUUCUGAUUGAAAAACAAAUUAAAAAUAUUGAAAAAUCAGUUAUUACCAUUGUUGAAGUGAAAAAUGUAUUACAGGAUACAAAAAAACAGUUGAGUGACAGAUUGAUAAAUAAAUAUUUAGGCAAUCAAACAACACAACUUUAUAACAAACUAAAGAAUGAAGGCACAAUUAAUACAAGUCAAUCCGAAACAUUUGACAAAGAAACAGGAGAUUUCUUUAACACUGCUAUAUGUUAUCUCGAACAGUGGACAGAGCCGAUGACAAAAUUUGAUGUUUUCGCUUGGAUGAUUUUAAAUGAUAUUCCUCAAUGGCAACAAGUAGAAGAAACUACAAAAUAUUUAAAUGAAAAGGAUAUAGGAAUAGAUGAUUCAAUGUAUGAAGAAUUUAUGUACUUAAAAUCGUUUAUUGAAUGUGAAAUCAGCGAUGAAUGGAAAGCUAAAAAUAUGGAAGCAAAAUGGAAACACUUUUUUGAAAAAACCGAAGAACUGGAAAGAAAAGCAAAUCUUCUUAAAAUGUGUCAAUAUAUUUUUGCAAUCCCAGGCCACAAUGCUCACGUAGAACGAGUGUUUUCGUUAAUUUCAGCGCAGUGGACGAAAGAACGAAGUUCACUCAGUGUAAGCACAAUCGAAAGCAUCAUUCAAUGCGUUUAUAAUUAUAAAAUGUCAUGCACGGAAUUUUAUAAUUACGUCAAAGGGGAAAAGGAAUUACUGAAAAAAGGUUAA